AAAAUCCCAGACAUCCUUCAUUCUUUCACUGUCAGGGCUUCAGGGUCUUUGAAAUUCCCCGCCAUCACAAAACCCCUCUCCCCUUCACUCUCCAAGCGUUUGCUUCCGUCGCAGCCAAUCAAAGAGCUUUCUGCCCGACCUGCUACCCUGAUUGAUUUCCAAGCAGUUUGUCUGAUUCUACCAUCUUGCCACUUAGCAGUAACCAGUAAGGCAUGGAACGAUUCCAGCGAUUGAGCCUUUUCACGUAGCUGCUUUUGGACAACAUGGGAGACCUGCCAAGGGAGGAUAAUUCGAAUACACUACGGGUGCUUGUCGCGACAGACUGCCAUCUCGGUUACAUGGAGAAGGAUGAAGUAAGGAGGCACGAUUCUUUCCUAGCAUUUGAGGAGAUAUGUAAAAUAGCGGACGAAAAGCAGGUUGACCUCGUGCUCCUUGGUGGGGACCUUUUUCAUGAGAACAAGCCCUCAAGAACAACAUUAGUUAAGGCCAUUGAGAUCCUCCGUCGGCAUUGUUUGAAUGAUCGACCAGUGCAGUUUCAAGUUGUCAGCGAUCAGACCGUAAAUUUUGCGAAUCUAUUUGGCCACGUAAACUAUGAAGAUCCACACUUCAAUAUUGGUCUUCCAGUGUUUAGCAUUCACGGAAAUCAUGAUGACCCUGCUGGUGUGGACAACCUAUCUGCAAUUGAUAUCCUGUCAGCCUGCAAUCUCGUGAACUACUUUGGGAAAAUGAUUCUUGAGGGUUCUGGGGUUGGUCAAAUCACACUGUAUCCAAUCCUAAUGAAAAAGGGUUCGACAAAUGUUGCUUUGUAUGGGCUUGGUAAUAUUAGGGACGAGCGGCUGAAUAGGAUGUUUCAGACUCCACAUGCUGUACAAUGGAUGAGGCCUGAAGUUCAAGAAGGUUGCGAGGUGUCGGACUGGUUUAAUAUCCUUGUACUUCAUCAGAACAGGGUGAAGACGAACCCAAAGAAUGCCAUAAAUGAGCACUUUCUGCCCAGGUUCCUGGACUUCAUUGUAUGGGGCCAUGAACAUGAAUGUCUUGUUGAUCCACAGGAAGUUCCAGGCAUGGGAUUUCACAUCACACAACCGGGGUCUUCUGUUGCAACAUCACUGAUUGAUGGAGAAUCAAAGCCUAAGCAUGUUCUGCUUCUAGAAAUUAAGGGAAAUCAAUAUCGUCCAACCAAGAUACCUCUGACAUCAGUGAGGCCUUUUGAGUACACUGAGAUCGUGCUGAAAGAAGAAACGGAUAUCGACCCAAAUGACCAAAACUCAAUUCUGGAACAUCUGGACAAAGUGGUCAGUAAUCUGAUAGACAAGUCUCGGCGAAAUGCCACUAGCAGAUCUGAGCUCAAGCUCCCACUGGUCAGAGUCAAGGUGGAUUACUCAGGCUUUAUGACAAUAAACCCUCAACGAUUUGGGCAAAAGUAUGUUGGAAAGGUUGCUAAUCCUCAAGAUAUUCUUAUAUUCUCAAAGGCUUCCAAGAAGGGUCGAAAUGAAUCUGCAGCUGUAAUUAGCGAUGCAGAGCGCCUUCGCCCAGAAGAAUUAAAUCAGCAAAACAUAGAGGCCCUAGUAGCUGAAAGUAAUCUGAAAAUGGAGAUUCUUCCUGUCAAUGACUUGGAUGUUGCACUGCACAAUUUUGUUAAUAAAGAUGACAAAAUGGCUUUCUAUACAUGCGUGCAACAUAAUAUCCAAGAAACACGUAGUAAACUUGCGAAGGAUACAGAUGGUGCAAAAUUUGAAGAGGAUGAUCUCAUUCUUAAAGUUGGAGAAUGCUUAGAGGCAAGGAAGCUCUAUAAAUUUUAUAACCUAUAUACUGAUCGAGUUGGUAUUGUUAAAUUAAGCAUGAUGUUCUCCCUCUGUUUCUGUGAAUAAAUUUACUUAACCCACAGGGGUCUUUUAGUUCACUGUUGGGUUUUGAGGCUUCAUCAAUUGGGUUUGCUAUCACCGAUCACAUCUCUCGACUGUGUAUUUGUGGUUUGACCUGGGUGAUAUCUCGUGAUGUCUUGUCAUUAUUUCAAAAAAAAAAUCAUCGUGUAUUCUUGGGGUACGAAACUCAGAGUGUGUAGGUUAAUCCCUUGGGGUUGUGUUAUUCAUGGUGCACUCCAGACAUUCCUUAGAGUCCUUCGCUCAGCAUUUUUCAUUGACGGAAGUUUCACCACCUACUCUUUGUCCUCAUUUAUUAUGUCCCUACUUGUUCAUGAUGUUAUAUCUGUACAAUUGUAACUGUGUGACUUUGCUGUCCUCGCUGAUCUGCUGUUAUAUAUCCCUGGCUUAACUAAUAAAGCUAUAAAAGAUUCUAUUUUCUUUAUCUCAUGAUGAUGCUGGAACAUAUUUGCCAUAGGAACGUGUAAAGUCGAGGUCUCAGCAGCCGCAUGACAAUCUAAUGUCCACAACUAGCGCUCAGUCAACGGAGGAUUUUAGAAGUACAACUGCUCCAGGAACGGGAAGUGCUAUUUCCUUUAGCGAUGAUGAAGAAACAACCCAGGUGUCUGGGGCAAGGUCUACAGCUAGGGGUAGGAAAGGGAGUACUACUCGUAAUGCUUCAGAAGCCAGCAAGAGCAAAACUUCCACUAGAGGAAGGGGGAGAGGCAGAGGCUCAACAAGUAGUAUGAAGCAGACAACUCUUGAUUCUGCUCUAGGUUUUCGGCAGUCACAAAGAUCUGCAUCAGCUGCCACAGCCGCUGCAGUGAGAAGCAUUGUUAAUGUGGAUGAAGCUUCUAGUGAAGAGGCAGAAGCGCAUGAAAUUAACGACAGUGAGGACGAUGAUGAACCGGUUAGAGGCAAAGGGCGGAAAAGAGCGGCAGCACCAAGGGGAAGGGGUAGAGGGACUGCAACAUCAAAACGUGGAAGGAAAGCAGACAGCCCUGCAGGGAUCAAGAGAAUGCUAAUGAGCAAAGAUGAUGAUGACGAUGAUGAUGAAGGUGACAGGGCUAAGCUAUUGAACAAGUCCCAAACAAGGGUAACGAGGAAUUAUGGCGCUUUAAGAAGGUGAAAUCCGAGAAGCACGAAGGAACUCCUGUUGCAAAUUCUGGCUGUGGGAAUCGAAUGUUAGCAGAUUUUAUUAAGUGUUAAGCUCGAAUUCCAGCAACGGUAAAAACCAAGGAUGCCCAACAUUUGCUAAUGCUAGUAAUGUUGUAUCCGGCAGAAACCAAACAAAUUAUGCUCAAAAUUUUGUCUCCACCAAGCAGUGUUAAUUAACAUAAACUUAGAUGCAAAUCAACGAUGAACAUAUAUUAGAAAUACAACUUCGAUAUAUCAUAUGUCGAGCUUUGGCGUAAAUCUGCACAUAUGAUUUGCGAACGAGCUUAGACAGAAAGGUUAAAACCAGUCUUCACCUCAGACUCUUUGGAACUUCAUUAGAGUUGCAUAGAGUUUCUUUAAGUAGAAUACUUGCACAGAAAGAGAGGGCACAAUGAACGAAUAUCAUUAGCCAGCCCAGGACCCAAAAAUUUCCUGACGUCUGCCUGUUCAACCUCCCCAGUUAUCCACUACUACCUCUUCAUCCUCAGUUAUCUCCCCAGUUAACUACUCUUCUACCCUUUUCUUAAGCCAUGAAGUGCAGGGGGAAAAAAAGACUACUGAAACCCUAGAAGAAAUUCGACAUUGAGUAGUAUAUGUACAAGCUAGUUAAUUCUAUCUAGCACACAGUCCCUCGACCUGUUUUACCGAAAGUGGAGCUUCUGAGUUGUAGCAACUGGACGUUGUUUCCCCAUUAUUGGAUGAUUGCAAGGUUUUCCCUUCGGAUUAUCCAAGCUUGUUAUGUCUCCUUUUCUCGUUGGGUUGAGUGGUUUCUUUGACUGGCCGGUCAUUAAAACUCCACAUUCAACAACGCUGCCUUUCGGCUUUCUGCAGGUUCUUGCUUUGUCGUUCUCUUUUCCAGUGCCUACCAGCCUAUUUGCCCCAGCUAUGCCAAGCUUCUGGUGUGUUGCUGCAGCACCAAUUAACAAGCCCUUUCCAUUAACUCGAUGCAGUUGCAGAGUUUCCAUAGGUGCAGUUUGAAUAAGAGCCUUGCCUUUGGUAUGUUGUGGGUAUGCUGACGACUUUUCUAGAUUAACUUUGUUUACCAAUCUAGUAUUGCGAGGCCCAUCCUUCAGCUGAAUGUUAGAAGAAUCCCUCAAAAUUCUAGAACCUUGUACUUUUUUUAUGGCUGCCAUGCCGUUACUUGCCACAUUUCUGCUAUCUGAAGUCCAUUCUUUGCCCCGCAGGAGUGGGAUACCAGAAAACUUAACAUCAGCACCAGGGUUUGAAGAUGAUGAUAUACCAGGCUUGCUAGAUAAAGACCUAAAAUUUGGUUUACUCUUAACAUAAGGACAAGGUUUUGAAGAAGAUUCUGUACUAGACAUGCCAGAUGAAGACCUGCGCUUUGGUUUACUCUCAUUGUAAGUACAAGGGUUUGAAGAUGAUCCCACAGUAGACUUGUCUGAUGAAGACUUGCAGACUUCACUGUCCUUAACAUCAUCACCAGGGUUAACGGAAGAAGAUCCCACACUAGACUUGGCUGACGAAGACUUACGAACUCUGUUGCCAAUAACAUCACUAGAAGAGUUAGAAGAAGAUCCCCAACUAGACUUUCCGGAUGAAGGCCUGCAACUUUUUUCACUGUUAAGAUUGAAACCAGGAUUCAAAGAAGACCCUACACCAGACUUGUUGGAUAACGACCAACGAUUAGUAGUUUGUAUUGAACCAUUGUUAGUUUCCACCCUUGCUGCUUGUCUUCUAACACAACUCUUCCGAAGGCUGAUCCUUACUUCAGCUAAAAUACUGCUUUUGUUACCUAAUGCUUGACUAAAUGACUCGUGGUGCCUUCUGUGAGGUUGCUGAAAAGUCUCAGAUGUAAGGGUACUCGUAUUGGAUUCACCAGCUCUAUCCCCAGAACUUGAGCCAUCUUUUGAAUGCUGACCAUUACCCAGAGGAAGUGUAUUGCCUUCCUUGAUGCAACCAGUUGAAGCACUCUCCGAAGCCGAAUUCACUAGCGAAUUUGAAGUUCCUCCAGACUUUACAACACUUAUUUUGGGCUUUCUCACAUCAUCCAAAACUGAGUUCACUAAUGAAGACUUCCCUCUUAAAGCUUUUACUGGAUGUUGCUUGUUCAUUACGAGGUCAUGACUACCCUUCUGAAAUUUCUUUCCGGCAAGGUGUUUGCCCCUUGAUCGUGAUACCGAGGAGGGAAGCUGUGGUGAAGACUGUCCUACUAAGCCAAACUCUUCAUUGCUGCAAUGUCUAAAUGCUGCUUUCAACUGUUUAGAAGACAGCUGGUGAAACUGAUGGCUGAUUUGAAACCAUUGGUCAUCGCUGUCACUAUAAUCAGCUUCUUGAGCAAGAUCUACCCACAUCGGAGCUUCAAUCUCCUCCUACACAAACGCCCAGUGAUCUUUAGCAUUCUUAGAAGCCAUUUCCGUCUUCCUUUCCUUCUGAAUCCCAGAAAAUUCUUCAACCUAAACUGGUGAACUCGGGAGAAAAGUAUCUCUUAUCUAACUGGAGAUGCAGAAUUCAGGAUCGUCCAUCCUUCUCCCUCCAUUUCUUCUUCUUCUUCUGGACGCUUCGCCGAUGGGCUCCUUACCUUGGUUUUCUGUUCCUUCUAUUUAGGGGGAAUUCCCGGUACAGAAAUUGGGUGGUGGGAGAGGGAG